CUUCAGUAGACUGUAAUAGACCUCCGCCAUACCAAAAUUACCAGACUAUACUCUAUACAUAGACUCUCCUCACCCCUGCUCAAAGGCCUAAAGGCCAUAAACUUCUUCCUUUCUCUCUCCUUUUCCUUUUUUCUUCUUCAUUUUUGUGUGCUCCUUCUUUCUUUCUCUCUCUCUUUCUCUAUUCUGAUAUUUUUAGUUAAAAGAGAGAAUGUCUGGAGGAGGGACACAGAAAAGCUUGCGUAAAACUCUUGGAGCACUUAAGGAUACCACGACUGUUAGUUUGGCUAAAAUAAAUAGUGAUUACAAGGAAUUGGACAUUGCCAUUGUUAAGGCAACAAAUCAUGUUGAGCGACCAGCAAAAGAAAAACACAUAAGAGCUAUUUUUGCUGCUAUUUCGGCUACCAGACCACGAGCUGAUGUUGCAUACUGCAUCCAUGCUCUGGCAAGACGAUUAGCAAGGACACAUAACUGGGCGGUUGCCUUGAAAACUUUGGUAGUCAUCCAUCGUGCUUUAAGAGAGGUGGACCCAACAUUCCAGGAAGAACUUAUAAAUUAUGGUAGAAGCAGAAGCCACAUGUUCAACAUGUCUCAUUUCAAGGAUGAUUCGAGUCCAAAUGCAUGGGACUAUUCUGCUUGGGUGCGCACCUAUGCAUUAUUCUUGGAGGAAAGGCUGGAGUGUUUCCGGGUGUUAAAGUAUGAUAUUGAGACAGAUCGUCCGAGAACUAAAGAUCUGGAUACUCCAGAGUUGCUUGAACAAUUGCCCUCUUUGCAGCAGCUUCUGUUUCGUGUUCUUGGUUGCCAGCCACAAGGAGCAGCAGUUCACAAUUUUGUGAUUCAGUUGGCACUUUCAAUGGUUGCUUCUGAAAGCAUCAAAAUUUAUAAUGCUAUUAGUGAUGGCACAGUUAAUUUGGUUGACAAGUUUUUUGAGAUGCAACGUCAUGAUGCUCUUAAGGCUCUGGAUAUCUACCGCAGGGCUGGCCAGCAGGCCGAGAGUCUAUCAGAAUUUUAUGAAGUAUGUAAAAGCCUUGACGUUGGACGUGGUGAACGUUUUAUCAAGAUCGAACAGCCCCCUGCAUCAUUUCUACAAGCCAUGGAGGAGUAUGUGAGAGAAGCACCUCGAUCUUCAACAGUUCGUAGGGAUUCGACAGUUGACAAAGUAACUUUAGCCAUUGAGUACAAAAAGACUCCAGAAGUGAAAGAGGAAGUCUCACCUUCCCCACCCCCUCCGCCUGAACCUGAACCUGAACCACAACCCAUCAAAGUGGAAGCUCCUGUUGUGGAACCACCAGACUUGUUGGGUCUGAAUGAUCCAGUUCCAGCAGCCUCAGAGUUAGAUGAGAAGAAUGCCAUGGCUUUAGCCAUUGUACCAGUUGGUGUAGCUGAACAGCCAGCUUCUACUGGUUUGACCAAUGGAACUACAGGCUGGGAGUUGGCACUAGUUACUGCUCCUAGUUCAAAUGAAAGUGCCACGACUGCCAGCAAAUUGGCUGGUGGGCUGGACAAACUUACAUUAGACAGCUUAUAUGAUGAUGCAAUUAGAAGAAGCAACCAGCAGACAGUAAGCUAUAAUCCAUGGGAAACAACAGCACCAAUGGGCGGUCCAAUGAUGCUACCAAGAGCACAUGAUCCGUUCUAUGCGUCCAAUACAGUGGCUGCACCGCCUUCUGUACAAAUGGUAGCCAUGGCCAACCAGCAACAGAAUUUUAUGUUGCAGCAGCAACAGCAGGUGAUGAUGAUGGGCCCACAACAACCCGGUAAUCCUUUUGGCAACCAAUAUGGAGCUGGUGUUCACCCCUACGGCUCAGGCAUGCCUGUUCGAGCAUACAAUCCAUACUCAGGCCUCAUUUGAGCAGGGUGACUGUAAGAAAAUCUUGUUUCGCUCAACACAGCUAGGAGAGGAAAGAUCUGAUUUAGGUUUGAUUCUUGAUAUUUGGAAGAUGCUGGAGGAUAGAUGUGUACCAUAAUUUGUGUAGCGCAGGAGAUAGGAUAAAAAUUUGUUUGAUAAUUAGUUAGAGUAUAAAUCAUUGAUUGUUUGCUUCACGGACGAUGAUAAUAAUAUGCUUUUGGGAUUGGAUAAAAUUUUGUAAGCUGCUUAUGUUAUAGAGCAGAACCACAUUUUUAUCUCAUGCCCCACCCCACCCACACUCCCUUCUCCGAGUUUUAUUUGUUGUAAAAUAUGUUUUUGUUCUUGCAUUCCCAAUUAAUGUACUCGUAUUGAACGAAAUUGAAUUCAUCAUUCUUGCUCA